AUGGUCGAUGUAAUGCAGCCACAUACCGAGGGCCUGGCACGGCCUCGGCCUGAUCACCUGCCUGAGGAUGCACCAGAGCACUGUCCAGGGGUCGACUCUGACCUCGCAGGUCUGGCCAGUGCGUGUGAUGGGUGUGCUAACCAGGAAUACUGUGCUACAGCGCCCAAGGGCCCUGAUCCUGAUCUUCCACUGAUUCGAGAGCGCAUGAAGUGCAUCGGCUCCAAAAUUCUUGUUCUCAGUGGCAAGGGAGGUGUAGGGAAAAGCACGUUCACGUCACAACUGGCAUGGGCUUGUGCAAGCAACCCGCACACACAAACGGCUGUCUUGGAUAUUGACGUGUGUGGACCGUCAAUUCCUACGAUUUUGGGCCUACGCAACCAGUACAUCCACUCAUCUUCUGCAGGGUGGUCACCAGUGUAUGUCUCUGACAAUCUGGCGUGUAUGUCAGUGGAGUUCCUCCUGCCAUCCUCGGACGCAGCGAUUAUUUGGCGUGGCCCGAAGAAGAACGGCCUGAUCAAGCAGUUCCUCAAAGAUGUCGAUUGGACUGGCGGUCUUGAGCCGCCCUCAGAUGGCGCGCCUGUGAUUGACUACCUUCUUGUUGACACGCCGCCGGGUACGACAGAUGAGCAUCUGUCCAUCGUUGGCUUCCUACGUGAGUCAGGUAUUGAUGGCGCUGUGAUUAUUACUACGCCGCAAGAGGUAUCGCUACAAGAUGUAAGGAAAGAAAUUUCAUUCUGCCGAAAAAUGAACGUGCCUAUACUGGGCGUCGUGGAAAAUAUGGCCGGGUUCGUCUGUCCUGCAUGCCAUGGCCGCUCCGAUAUCUUUUAUCCGUCAACAGGUGGCGCGAAGGCGCUUUGCGAAGAGCUGAACUUGGCCUUCCUUGGUAGUGUGCCUCUGGAUCCCCGCAUCGCCAAAUGCUGCGAUCAGGGUGAAAGCUUUGUGGAAGAGUACCCAGAGAGCCCUGCGAGUGAGGCUUACUUAGCCAUUAUUGAGCAGAUCCAACAGCAGGUGGCGAAAGCGAAGAGCCAAUCCACCACGACGGCCACGUAA